ACACACACACACACGCUCGUAGUAGGCGGAGGCAAGAAGCCACACACACAUACACACUGGAGGGAACCCCAUCAGCUGUGGAAAGCAACACAGCCUGAAUUUACUUCAGUUUUUCCAACGCCAUUCUUCAGAUUAACCGAUUUUGCAGCUUAUCUCCUUCAGAUAUGCGCCAUUGAUGAGUACAGCGAGGUCUUUGUGGAAGAAACGAGCAUCUUAUUUUAACGAGGAAAGCGCUGGAGGCAAAAGAAAACAGAAAACACGGACUACAGAAGGUGGCUUUGAAAGCAUGGAAUAUUUCAUGAUGCCGACAGAGAAGAUACCGUCCUUACAGCAGUUCAAGAAGACGGAGAAAGAUGUUAUCGGAGGUCUCUGCAGCUUGGCCAACAUCCCCCUCAGUCCAGAGACGGCUCAGGACCAGGAGAGACGAAUCCGCCGCGAAAUCGCCAACAGCAACGAACGCCGGCGUAUGCAGAGCAUCAAUGCAGGAUUCCAGUCCCUCAAAACACUCCUGCCACACACAGAUGGAGAGAAACUCAGCAAGGCGGCCAUUCUGCAGCAGACGGCCGACUACAUCUUCACCUUGGAGCAGGAAAAGACGCAGCUCCUGGCACAGAACAACCAGCUCAAACGCUUCAUCCAGGAGUUUAGCGGCUCAUCACCUAAAAGGAGGCGAGCAGAGGAGAAGGAUGAAGGCAUCGGAUCUCCAGACACACUGGAGGAAGAAAAGGUCGAAGAGCUGAGGAGGGAGAUGCUAGAGCUUCGUCAGCAACUGGACAAGGAGCGCUCGGCUCGCAUGCAGCUGGAGGAGCAGGUGCGCUCUCUGGACACCCAACUGCACCCGGAGCGUCUGAAGGUGAUCACCCAGCAGGUGGAGGAGGAGCAGGCACUGAUCCAGAGUCAGACGCUGUUACGGCUACAGCAAAUCCACGCCGCUGACAGACAAACACACAGUCCGCAGGUGCUGGCUUCUCCCACUCCCCCCGCCCCGACCCACCACCCCACGGUCAUCGUCCCUGCUCCAACACUAACCCAGCACCCCCACCAUCACGUCACUGUGGUGACCAUGAGCCCAUCUGCCCACACCAGCACGGUGUCCACAUCCAGACAGAACCUGGACACCAUUGUGCAGGCCAUCCAGCACAUCGAACGCACUCAGGAGAGGAGAGCGAGCGCCGAGGAGGAGCAGAGACGAGCCGUCAUCGUCAGCCCCGCCCACGUCACCAUGGACACCGCCUGCUCAGACACAGACACGGACACAGAGGGAGAGGACUGCUCGAUGAACUGAUCCACCCCCACAAACUCGCACCUACACACACACAAACACUUAAAAUACCUACUCACUGUAAGAUUCCCUCCAGGAGCUUGACUACUUUUUUAAAAAAAAAAUCUCUCUUUGGCAUUAUCCAAACUCCUAAAUCCAGUGGUUAAGCUCUGUGUCAGUCUUGUACUGUAAAAUCUCUGAAUAUUGAAAACAUGGACGGUCAGCGUGCAGAGGAGGCCCUGUGGGAUUUCUAGAGGCAGUUUUUCAAUGUCAGAGCCGGUCUGUGGCUACUUGAAAACUUGAGGGUCUUUUCGUGUAAAAAGCUGUCAGCAUCAGUCCGCCCUUCACGUGUCUUUUUGUGUGCUACAUACAGUCGCAGUAUCAAACUUUAGCCCUCGUCACUGGCACACUGACAGUAUUACUUGUGCUACACAUUGAUGGAGUCGAGUUGAAUGUACCAACACAAUAAGCAAGCAGCUCUUGAUUCUGAAAUGCGGUAUUGAGUUGCAGUUUCUUCCCCAGUUGUUUCUUUUUUUGUGUGCGUGUGUUUCUUUUAGUGCCUGUGGCCAUUAAACCCAACAUAAAGCAGUUGUUUCUAAAUUUCAGAAUUUGGGAAAAAUUCUUGGUAUUGCAGAGACUAAUUUGAGGAUACAUAUAAAACAGAAUUAUGUCUGAUUUACUUGAAAAAAAUGUUGUUUUUGAUAUCUACAUAAGCCCUUAAAAAAUAAGCUGUUGAACAACUUACAUAGGUCGUCUUUUGGUUGUUGUGUUUUCCAAGUGUUUGUUGACAUUUACUUUGUGUCAGGGUUACUGAAUGCUGAAGGUAAACAUUUUGUUAUAUCGAGAUUAACAAAUUGGAGGUUUUCACAGGGAACCGGUUGCCCUAAGAUGAAUUUCAUAAAGGUCUGAUUUCAGUUGUGAGCCAACCAUCCCCUUCAUUUAUCUCCUAGAGACAGUGUGUGUCAUACUCUGAAAAAAGAACCAAAUGUUGGUUCAUUGCCGCAAAACAUUUACCAGCAUUUUGUGAAUGUCUGCGCUUGAUUUAUAAUCCAUCGCAGACAGUUUGACUGAAUCAGACUCGCAUCAGAGAAGUUUGUCCGAUGAGAAAAUCUGGAACAGAUUUGGAUGAUUCACAUGCUAACACAGCGUGCAGGCUUCCGGUGUCCCUCCAAAGACUGUCUUCUGGUCUUGGUUUGUUGAUUUCAGUGACUAUGCACUAGCGUUUUUGGUAUUUAUGCAAUUCCAUCUUCAGUACAUUUGUUGGUGUCGUUUAUACACGAGGGGAAGUUCUCUAUGCACCGUUGAUAGGUGUGUGCAUUACGCCUACAGUACAUGUAUGAAACUUGACAUGCUCGUAUCAAAGAAUGUAGUCUCUACUUGCAAGGUGCUCUUUGUCAACCUGGUGCUCUGCUGAUGAGCAGUAAGCUGAGGCCAAAAUCAUUCACGUAACAGUUAAUCACGUCUCCUGUGUGUGCCUGAUAUUUGUAAUUUCCGCAUUUUAGGAAGAAUAAGAGGAGUUGUGAUGUUUGCUCAUGUGCAAAAGUAACUAUCAGAACACAGCAGGGUCGCGUCUGACUGCACUCAAAUUCAAAUGGCAUCAUUAUGGAAGAGAAUUCAUGAAUAGGUAGAUUUAGUUGUAAAACUAAGCGUGUAAGCAAUAGCAAUCUCAACAUACCACAAAAAGUGCAAACUCACUGUUUGGUGAGACAAACUAAAAUGAAAAGCACUGCAGAUCUCCCACCAACAAUCCCUCCAUCUCCCUUUCUCUCUGAAACGCAUCGCGUCUGUCCGCCUCAUGUUAAGUUGCUUAUGUUUCUCUCGGGAAUUUGACUGGAAGCCCCUGCUACGAGCCUCUCAUGCUGUCAUACUCGAUUCGAUACGCUGACUUGAUGCUGUAAACAUUCCUUUUAUUUGGAUUUGUAACUGUCUUUUGAUCUCUUGUAUGUUCUGUUGCCAACUGAAUGGAUAUUACUAAUUGCUGUUUUCUCUUGUCUAAAGCAGGCUUUUGUUAUGACAUUCUGUUUAUUUUUUGUGGGUUUCUUUUUACUUUCUUUUCCAUGAACACAUGACUGAUGCGUUCACUGACACUGUCUUGUAUGAGAUGUGUGGACAAUAUUCACUCACUGGCAUCGGUUUUGAUUAGAUUAGUAUUUCCAUGCCAAACAUGGGGGGGGAUUUUUCAUAUUUUGUUUGUGAAGCUUUGUUAAGGGGUUUGAUGUUGUGCUGACAGAUGUUAAGCCACAGCUUGCGUUUAAACUGUGGUUUCUUAUUAGUCAGGGAGACAACACUUCCCCUAAAUGUUUCUGUACAUUGUGUUGCAGCACUGCUGUCUUUUGGUGGAGUUUGAGAUAUUUGAUAUGAAGCACUUGCUGUUCUGUACUGCCUGAAUCAAUUAUGAGGAAGAUUCUUUUGCCAUUUAUUUUUCGUAAGCUCUUUGCUGUGAUGCAAUUUAACAUCUGUCUAUGCUGUUCUGCUCUUCUUUUCAUUUGUCUUUCUUGUCCUGCGUUCCAUUUUUUUCAGUGACAAGCUUUUUUUAUAUAUUUUGUGUGAUUUUUAGUUGUUUUUUUGUUUUUUUUUCCAUCAGUCCAGGUCGAUGAGAAGCUGUUAUAUUUUGUUUAUAAAAAAAGUUGGGGUAAACAGGCCUUUGUAAAGAUGAAAAAAAAUAAAAUUUGUACUUUUUUAUUACA